AGACUAAGUUUUGUCCGCGGUGAAUUUGAAGUCGAUUCCGAGCACGCGAUAGAGUCAGACGUACGUCGCGUCCGGAUCGGCCAGAUUGCAGACAGCCCAGGCCCAGAGCUAAGGCAGAGCUAAGUUAAAGAGGAGUGAUUCAACUGUGCCUGUGUGUUUUGAUGUUGCCAUAGAACUGGACAUACAGAUGGAUUUGAAAGGGGGCUGUGUGACUGCCAAAAGUCCUCUGCUCAAGAUCCAUAGCAAUACACUUUUCCUGACAGAGAUCCAGACAGGAUCUGGCCCGGAUUCAAAACUAUUUCUCCUUGCGAGGGGAGAUGAUGCAUCAAAAUUCUACAAUGAUAUUCAUGUCACAUCAUUCUAUGACAUUGAUAAUGUCACUCAAACCACUAUUACAAAGGGAACAGACAGACCAAGAAAGAUUUUGCUUCUUUCUGCUUCCUCAAAAAUCAUUCCCUACAGAAAAGAUGAAAUUACCAUGGAAACAGACAUUUCUACUCUUGAGGGAACAAUCACCAGAUGUAUUGACCAAACACUAGGGAUUUAUGAACUCAGUUCUAAUGCCAGGCUUUAUCUCACCUACCAGUAUGAUGGGAAGUCGCACCUUCCCAGUAUUCCUAUAGGGUCAAAGGUGACCAUUCAUAAUGCCCAUAUAUUAUGUGCUUCUGCCAGAAGUAGUGAGCCAGUCUGUGAUGGUGAAAACAUUCUUUGCUGUAUGAGAACAUCAAUCCAGAUAGAAGAAAAAUCUAAAGAAAAAUUGAAGAAGGAAAAAAGUACCAACGUACAGCGUGUACUCUUACCGCUUUGUGGUAAAUUGUUUCCAAGUCUACAUAUUCUAGAAUGGUUACGAGAUAGAGCAAUUCCAAUAUUGCUGCAGAAACUGGUCCCUCAUGUAAUCAAAUUGAAGGAGGUGCUUCCAGUAUUAAUCCAGAUUUUGACCAUCAAGUUGACAUCUAAUGACCUUCCUAUUAUCAAAGAGAGGAAGAGAAACCCUUAUGAAGAUUUCCUAUCCCAUGAUGCAUCUUGCCUCUUCUCUUACACCAGUAAUGAUAUCCCAAAGACAGUGUCAUGUACCUUGCCCACAUCAAGUGAACUGGUCUCAUCCUUUGAUGGAUGUCCUCUCGGUGAUAUAACCUCAUUGGAUCAAUCAGGAUGGACAUGUAGAAUGAUAACAUCAUCUGACGGGCUCGUACCAAUGGUCCUAGUUGCUAAAUUAUGCUGUGAAAGAACAGAUGGAAGACUCUUCCUGCUGGAUGCUACUGGGUCCAUUCCAUGUACUCUUAUUAGCAGCUUGCCUAUGAGGGAAGGCUCCGGGAAGAAACCUGACAAGUCUUGCAACAAGAGAGAUGAAACAAAUCAUAAAUCAACAACCUGUUGCUUUCCCCAGCCAUGCCUCAACCAUCUGCUCAGAAUUGAGGACUUUAUUGUGAUACAGGAGAAGAGAACUUGUGUUGACUCUUCCAGGAUAAAAGUAGAUCAGAAUGAAUCUGAAAUGGAUGUUGAUGGAGGUGAUAGCAUUGACAGGUCAAGGUCAGAGGUCAAAGUUUAUGUGAUGUUCGAUCCAAGAUAUGCUGUUUGUCUUUAUCGUGGAACAGAGAAGAAGUCAUCUCCAAGUGGUGUCAAACCUAGAAUGAGGAAAAGAAGCUCAUCAAAGUCAGAUGGAUCUCUUCCGGAAUGCAUCACAUCCAAAACGAUCCAGCUUAGAAGUAGAAGACCACUCAUCCAUCAGGAGCAGAGAGAUAGCGGGUCAACCACUCCAAGAUUCUACUGUGAUAUCCUCAUUCUAGACUCAUACCAGGCGAAGAAGACUAAGAGAGAUAAAACCCUCCUAAUACAGGGAAGUGACGGAGAGAUGGAAGAGAAACAAGAGGAGGAUAGAAGACCAGCUCUUCUGUGUUUCCAAGAUGAUGCCAUUAGAUGGUAUCACUUUCUGAGAGAUGGGCAAAUUUACAAGAUGGAAUGCAGAGAUGAUGACAUGCAGACCCAUGUCGUGCCGUCGAUAAUGAAGUUAGCCAAGAAAGGUAGAACUCAGCCUGUUUAUAUAAUCACAUCAUUUUCUCAGCUUCAAGUUUUACAACAUACCACAUCGCAGAUUGAUUGCAAGGCAGAAGAUGAAAAUGAUUCAGGUCAGAUGAGCAAGGGAAAACAAAGACAGUGCCAUAUGCUGUCAUCUGUAUCUGGUCACAUUACAAGGGUAACAUCCUUGGAAGGUCAUAGCAGCAAUGAGAAGGCAACUUGCCAAGAUUCAUUUAUUCAUCUCAAGAUUGAUGAUAUUAUUAGUCGGACCACUGCUACAGUGUCUCUACCAGCUCACUUACAUGAUGAUAUACUUGGACUUGUUCCUGGAGCAACAGUUACUAUCAGGAACUGUCUCAAGAAAGUAGAUCCAGGGUUUGCAGUGACCUACGACAUUGGACCUUUGACCUCGAUUCAAGUGGAUAGUUUCUGCUUCAACAGUUUCAAAGAAAUUGCAUCUAGUACAGAUGCUCACCACAGCUCUCAUCAAAGCCUACCUGCUACGAGACAGAGAUCAUUCCUCUAUCACAUGAUACAUGAUACCAACAAGGAUUCUACUCGUAUUAGCUGGCUAUAUGCACAUAUCACUCUUAUCACUAAAUUAGUUAUAAGGUGGCUAUGUAACCAUUGUGGUAGGAAUGAUUGCAAGUGUCCUGACUCAGCUAGACAGGCUGGAAAAAUCAUCACUCAAAUUGUACUAGCAGUAGAUGAUGGUACUGGAGAAUGCUUGAUAUGGAGUAAUCGACCUAAUGUAGUCGCAAUGGCGUUAGAUCUAAACUCAAGGGAUUGGGCUAUCUUAGAGGACAGCUGUACAGGUCCUAACAAGGAACUGGUCUACCACAAAGCCAAGGAACAAAAACAGGAGUAUGACUGGGAAGCUGCUUCUGGUUCAAGAAGAAGACAAUCUAGACUCAUUGAAGCUCUAUCAUAUCUAUGUCAACAUCACAGUAUACAACGAUCACUCUGGUUCAAUACUAGAAGAUUUAGAGAAUCUACCAAGGACCUACCAUCUAAGAGUGAGAAGACUGCCUGGCCUGCUGGCCUGGUUCUAUGCUGUGAAGAUGUAUCUAGCUGAAAUCAUCAGGUUAUCAUCAAUCUACAAACCUUAAACCAGUGCAUUUCAUUCAUUAGACUUAAUCACCCCCAACCUCAACAAAAUGCUAUCUAUUUUUAUAAAAUAUGCUAGAGUAAAGUACUAUAUUGAAUUUAAAAAUUUAUUCAGUAUUGAAUAUAAAUGUCUAUGGAAGCUGAAACCAAGUCAUGUGCUGAAGAAUUUGUAGGUAAUAAGGUAAUAAUUUGCUGUAAUCCAUAGGAUUUGUAUAUUUGUUUACCCCUUGCAUCAGUUGGUAUCUUUGAUGGUGUUUUUGCUGAACAGGUCAAGUCUCAUCAAUCUUCUUAUUUUUUAAUGCCCGAUCUUUUGGUGCAAUCUCUGUAAGUUAUAACAGCUAUCGUAAAUUUACUUCUGGUAUUUGUUUAUACUUCAACUCGUACUACUGCAAUUGCAGUUGUAGUCUGCAUAAGUCAAAUCUCUCAGUCAAAUAAUUGCCUAAAGUUAAAGCAACUCUUUCAGCCAUGUUGUGCAAAACAAAACUUAUUUACCUCCUAAUGAUAGUAGUAGAAUUUCACCUAAGUCAACUAUUUCUGUGGUCAUGACAGAUUUGACUUGAAGACAUACCUGUAUCUCUUUUCAGCCACUAAACUUUUGGAUCCACUUCAGAUAUCAAUAAGAAACUAUGUUGCCACCAGCGGUGUGUUGGCUCAGUUGGUAGAGCGUCCGUCUCACAACAGGCCGCGUCAGACCAAAAGACGUUAAAAGAUGUGAGUUGCUGCUACCCUGUUUGUUUUACAGGAUAGAGCCUCGUCGAUCUGGCGCUGCACAGCGGCUGCCGGGCCCACUAACGAUUGGGCAAAGCAAAUUUUCUGAGUAUUUCAUUUCUUGUCUAUUUCGAACAAUAAAAUAUGGAUUUUCAUUUUCGUUUUUUCAAGGUUACUGAAAUGUCAUACAUGGAUGCAAAUUCUGCCAAGCAUCUAAACAUUGAUGUGUCAUAUAGGCUUACUGGUGUGUGAAGGAAAAAUUGCCCAAUUGUCUGUAGAAUUGUUGAUUUAUUACACCAUUCAGUAUGUAAAAGUGUUGAGUGAAAUUAAGUUUUCAAUUGUCAGAAUCCAUGUUGUGAAUGAUAUAAAUUGGCAUAUUCAUAGUGUUCAAAUAUGUCCGCCGUUAUCACUGAAAUGUAUCAGUGUGUUAUGAAUGGUAAAAAAAAUGUAUUGAUAAAAGAUAUUUGAUAUUUGAUUGAAAAGGUGUGAAAUCUAAUCAGGUAUUUCACCUGUCAUUAUUUAUUCAAAUCCCAAGAGAAAGUAUUCAUGUGAGUGUGUUGAAGGCGUAUGGUAAUAAUCCAAAUGUCUUUUUAAAAGAAAAAUUAUUGAAAAACGGUGUAUUUUGUAUUCUUCAUAUGGAUGAAAAAAACACUAACGGAGAAAAAUAAUUCAAAUUCAUGCAGAGGUUUUCAAGAUGUAUCUGUGACUGACAAAUAGUCAUUUACUAAAUUUCAUGGGAAAAUCGAUAUAACACAUUAAAGGUGACAAGUUGGACUUUGCAGCUCUUUUUUUGUUGUUGAUCUAUGCCUUUAACCCUUUGAACCCUGAAUUAUUUGGGGCAGCCGUGACCCAUACCCUUAAUGAUUUGCACAUGUCGACCACAUUCACAAACUCCCAUGAUUCGAGCCCCAACAGCAUCUUCCCGCCGCUAGUACCCGGACCGGGCCGGCUGAAGCUUGUUCAGAAAUAUCAUCUUUAGUGUCUGUUUUAGGCUCAAAAUCACUGCUUUGACUAAAGUCAGAUUUAUCAAUAGCUUCCCCAUAGUCAGCGGGCGACUCGAUGCAUAUUACAACAUGUAUUACCGCUCAUGCCACACAAGCCUUCGCAGUAGAGUAGCAUAUUUUGGAUGCUAAAACCUGAUGAAUCAUUACCAAUCUUGACUAAAUAUCCCUACACAUACAAGAAAGAUUACAUCAUUUUUAAAAGAUCACCUGAUAGUUAGAACCCAUGUUUUUAAGUCACAUGGCUACAGACCGAUAUUCAGACCUAUCGAGUUCAAAGUGUUAAACCCUGUGUUUUGAAAUUAUUUUCAUUUGUAUGGGAUACAUAGAAGCAUGAAAGUGGCACUCAAACCCACUCACAUUGAAAUAUAUGGAAAAAAAAGUCUUAGAACUACCAAACAAUUAUAUGCAUAUAAUUGGAUACUUGGUGAUAACUAUCACUUUUUUUGGAAUUGAAUCCAGCACGUCUGCAUUUUGAAUACCUGGAGUCAUCCUUUAUACUGCUUCACUUUAACGUUGCGUGUCUGCAAUCAUAUUUUUCUCUAAAAAUGAGAAAAUGUCGUCAUCUUCAAAUACGCCAUUCAUUAUACAGUAGUUGGACUAAUUAUGGAAUGUGAACUUGAGUAUGUCAAGUGUAAAUUGGUUUUCUGACUGGUCUUAUAAUGAGUAAUAGAUCUUGAUACAACAAACACAAAUGAAAUUUCAUUUGACUUUUGAUAUUAAUAAUAAAACAAUUGAAUUAAGUACUUGUCAUGUUAGAAUCAGCGUAGAGGAGAUUGAAGGAAUUCACAAAAACAAAUACCAAGGUACUCUAAGCAAUGACUGCCUGCAGUGGUGGAUCUAUGCAAUGCAAUUCAUACAAAGAGAUUGCACUGAUUGUAUUUUUGAAAUCAUUUUAAGUUGACGGCAUUAUAAUGUUUCAUUCUAUUGAUCACUUAUUUGUAAUAUCAUAUUUGAUUGUGUGGUGUGGUAUACAAGGUGUUAGAAAGGUCGUAAUAUGUUGACUAGGAUGGUCGGACACCAGGGGGCAGACAGUCAUACAAGCAAACAAGAUAGCGGGACAAGACUUAACUUAAAUGAUGUAUACAUGUCGAAAUAGAAUAAUUGAAAAGGCAUAAGGAAUACUAAAUAAUGAUCACCCAACGAAUGUAAACUACAAAAGAAUGAGAUCUGGUAAUAGAUAUAGAUCAGCAUGUUAUUGAACAAGAAAAGGAUUAUAUGAAAUGUUAUAACAAUUUAAUUUCAAUUUACAAAAAAAAAAACCAUUGUGAUCCCAUUCAUGUACAUCACAGUGAGCAACUUGCUGUUUUCUUUCCCUUUUUAUAGCCCUUUUGUAGCCAUUUAAAAUUUGAAUUCAAUUUGGUUUUAUCUGGUCUGAAGUGAGUUCACAAUGGAAUACAUAAAAAUAAAGAUAAAAUGAAUAUAUAAAAUGCAUUACUCAUAAUUUAUUCGAUUACACAAAGAAGAAAAAGUAUAUUAUAUUCUACAAUGCAUUAGCCUUAUAACAUUAAACCACUAUGAUGGCCCAGCACACAUGCACACCUCAUGAAGGCCACAGACCUGCAAACUGGGCGUUAUGGCGUGGUAAUAUGUGGGGAAGUUACAAGUUGAUGCAGAGGUUUUAUAGCAGAGGCUUUAUAGCCCUAUUGAAAAAUGGCUACAAAUAAGCGUAUUGUGUACAUAUUGCACAGCUCACUGUUCAUAUAUGUACAUGUCUGUAUUAUCCAUGUGUCAGUGUCCUAACUUCAUUUAAAUAUUUGUCAUGUUUGUUAUGCAUGUUCAAAACACCAUGUAAAAAUGCAAAUAUUUAUUUAUAUAUUUGGAUAAUAAAUACAACUUUAUAAAUCUUACGUUAUAUGAAAAGAUUUUAUAAGUAUUAUUACAUGUGCAUAUCCUGAGCGGGGCUUGUUACAACUGAUAAUGUCGCAGAUUGCGACGUUAUGCCAAGAGCGUCCAACGCAUAAUGUCGUAACUUUUCUAACGCAUGUCACAUGUUGCAACGCAUAAUGUUGCAGCAAAUUUCUAACGCAUAACGUCACACGUCGCAACGCAUAAUGUCACAGUGGUAUUUGCUUCAAGACUUGAGUUACAGAUAAGAUAUAAAACAUGCAGUUUUCACGC